GGAACUUCCUCGAUCCUUUUAUAUGAGUAGAAACUUGAGUGUGUAGCUGUGGUAAGCAUACAAGGCGAGGACCAAGGGCUUUUAGUCUUGACUGUACUUAACAAUCGUUCCCUAUGAUGGCUCUAAUAAAGAUGGCUUUGCCCCUUCUACUGUUUGUAGUUCAACUGAGCCAUACAAUUAUUCAAUAUGAGAAGGCAUUGGCAGGUACUGAAGUCAUAUUAUACGAAUCAUGCUCAGACUGGUUAUUUACUAAUGACACUGUUAGUGAUAUACUAGCCACCAGUAUAAAUGGUGUAAUUAUCAAAUAUGAUGAUGAAUUGCAUAUUAGUAGCAUUAAUGGAUAUCAUGAAGGAUUCUACAAAUGCAGCAGUGAUCAUUCUGUAGUAGUGAACUUGACUGUUUAUGCUGUACCACAAUUUCAAAGUUUUGGUACACAUGUAGUGUCAGAUGGACAGUCAACAGUUCUUAAUAUAUCACUGGAUUAUGUUAAUGGAGGGGCAAGAGGAGCUAAACAAAACAUAUACGCUGUAAUUUUGAAAAAAGCUGGUGCAGGCAGUUCAUUACUAUACUGCUACACUGAUGGUCGCGGUUGUAGUACUAAAGAACCAUUCAUACAAAACUACACUCCAACAGAUACUCCUAGUAAUUUUACUGCAUCAGUAAGAACUAGUAAUGUAAAUAUAUCUGACAAUGGAACAUACGAGGUUGUAGUCGAACUGAAGAACAUAAAAAAUGAUCAUUCUGUUGCAACAUCUAAAAGCACAUUCAAUUUAUUAGUGACAGCUACACCAUCGAUUAUAACCACUAGCUCAAUUGUUUCAGAGACCAGUGUCAUCAUGACUUCUAUACUCUCCUCGACUAUAACGACAACAGAGACUUCCCCAAUCCCUUCAUCAUCAACCACUCUCUGGACAACAACUCAGACUCUAUCAGUUUCAUCACAGUCAGAAACAGAAACUUCAACUACAUCUCCCUCCAAUACUACUACUAAUACUCCAUCAACUCCAUCAUCACCAUCUGAUUAUGCAUCAAACAUCCUUGACGAAAAGUCCAUAAUUAUGAUCGUAGUAUUAAUGAUGAUACUAAUUGUAAUUGCUAUUGGGGUCAUCUUGUCACUCUGUCUUGUACAAAGGAGGAGAAAAGCAUCGCAUUACUCAAAGAAUGUCAUUAAAAUGUUCAACCCGACUUCUCAGAGCAGAAGUGAAGAUGUUGAGAGACCGAGCAGAGAGAGAGACGACAAGAGAAGUUAUUGCUCAGAAGCUGGAGAGUCGGCGACGAGUCUCAGUCCGAACUUUCUCUACGACACAAUACCGGCUUUUGUUUUAACUUUGGGUCCUGGGAACUCAAAAAUAGCUCGAGUAUAAAUUAUUGUAUAUUAUAUAUAAGACUUCAAUCCUCAAUCUCCA